AUGGCAGACACGCUUCACAACGCGCCAAUUGUGCUGGACAAUGGCAGCGGCACCAUCAGAGCUGGCUUCGCAGGCGAAGACGCGCCCAAAUGUUAUUUCCCAUCCUACGUCGGCCGUCCCAAGCACCUGCGCGUACUGGCCGGCGCUCUCGAGNGCGAUGUUUUCAUCGGCCAGAAGGCUCAAGAGCUGCGUGGUCUGCUGAAGAUUCGCUACCCACUGGAACACGGAAUCGUCACCGACUGGGACGACAUGGAGAAGAUCUGGCAACAUGUCUACACCGAAGAGCUCAAGACACUGAGUGAAGAGCACCCCGUGCUCUUGACCGAACCGCCGCUCAAUCCGCGUUCAAACCGCGACACGGCUGCCCAGAUCUUGUUUGAGACUUUCAACGUUCCCGCCCUGUUCACCUCCAUUCAAGCCGUCCUGUCACUUUACGCCUCAGGCAGAACCACCGGUAUUGUCCUAGACGCGGGUGAUGGUGUGUCGCAUGCCGUACCUGUCUAUGAAGGCUUUGCAAUCAACAACAGCAUCCGCCGUAUUGACGUUGCUGGUCGAGACGUUACUGAGCACUUGCAGACGCUGCUUCGCAAGUCUGGCUAUAUCUUCCAUACCAGUGCCGAGAAAGAGGUUGUGCGCAUGAUUAAAGAAAAGACAAGUUACCUGGCCCUUGAUCCCAAGAAAGAAGAAAAGGACUGGUCUACAGGCAAUGCCAGACAGGACGGCAAGACGGUUGAGUACACCCUUCCUGACGGCCAGAAGCUCAAGGUACAACCACGUGCCCCUUAUACACACCUUCUCAAGCUUACCUUGUUCUGCAGANUUGGCCCCGAGAGGUUCAGGGCGCCUGAGAUUCUCUUUGAUCCUGAAAUCAUUGGCCUCGAAUAUCCCGGCGUUCACCAGAUUGUUGUCGAUGCCAUCAGCCGUACUGACAUGGACUUGAGGAAAUCUCUCUUCGCAAAUAUCGUCUUGUCAGGAGGCUCGACCUUGACAAAGGGCUUCGGUGAUCGCCUGUUGCACGAGGUUCAACGUCUAGCAGUCAAAGACAUGCGCAUCAAGAUCUUCGCACCGCCCGAGCGCAAGUAUAGCACGUGGAUUGGUGGCAGUAUUCUUGCCGGUCUCAGCACCUUUAGAAGGGUCAGUACUGCCUCAUUUGUUGCGCAACCUGCUUCCGGACUGACGUGA